UAAAAGACAAAAUGCCCGGAUGAUACGCCGGGUUGUGAUUUGUCCAAACGGACCCCCUCUUGUGACUUUAUAACAUUUCACUGUUCAUACACAUCGAUUAAACGACACACUGAAGCGUUAUGUUUUUGAUGUGUAAAUUCUUCGUGCCUUUUUUUAACCGUUGCUAGGACUACCAAGGGGCGUGACCCGACCUGGAGCACGUGAUGCGCUGCUCUGUCUCAGUUCUACUCUCUCGCGCGCGCUCUCUCUCUCCUCGUAUGCUCCGAUGUCAGGCGUGUGAGUGUGUGUGUAUGUGAGUGUGAGUGUGUGUGUGUGUCGCCGCCGCCCGGACAGCGGGAGGAAAAGAAUCGUCCGGAAAAUAAAAUAAAAAAAAAAAACUAAAAACAUGGAACUGACGGCGAUAGGGGACCGAGUUUUCGCCGCAGAAGCUAUCCUGAAACGCCGCGUGCGAAAGGGCAACAUCGAGUAUCUGGUGAAAUGGAAAGGAUGGGCGCUGAAGCACAGCACAUGGGAACCCGAGGAGAACAUCCUGGACGAUCGGCUCAUCGCGGUGUUUGAGCAGAAGGAACGAGACCAAGAGCUCUACGGCCCAAAGAAGCGGGGACCUAAACCAAAAAACUUCGUGCUCAAGGCACGUGCUCAAGCAGGUGAGACGUUGUCCCGUGGCUCCAGUACUCGUCGUGCCCCUCCGUGCACUUCCUCCUCGUCGCCGGUUCCUCCUAACCCUCCGUCUUCGUCAUCCCUGGCACCUACGCCCAGGUUGCACUCUCUGGCUGCCUCACACAAGCUCAAGAAAGACAUCCAUCGCUGCCACCGCAUGUCCCGCCGACCUUUGCCUCGACCCGAUCCCUUAGCAAACCCAGACGGUUCCUCCUUCGUCUCCCGCCUGCCAAUCUCUCCGUUUUCGGAGACGGUGCGCAUCUUGAACCGCAGGGUCAAGCCACGUGAGGUCAAGCGUGGUCGCAUAAUUCUCAACUUAAAAGUUAUCGAUAAAUAUGGCGCUGGGACAACCAAAGGACACCAAGGAAGGGCGCACAUCCCAUCUCGGAAUCGCAUCAUCGGUAAGAGGCAAGGGGAGAUGCCCUACAAGCCGUUUCAACCACCCAUGAAGAUGCCUGGCUUUCCUAUGUACGGCCAGCCGUUUGGGCUCCAGCCGUGCCCUCCUGCUUCAGCUUCGGCAGGUACGAGAGCGGGAUCUGCUAUCGGAAGUAAAACCAGAGCCCAUUCUUCAGCAGAUUCUUCCAGGGUUCGGAUCCAGUCGCCUCCUUCUCCGUCCAGCUCCAGUGGCACUGAAAGCGAUGCUCCCUCUUCACGGCAAAUCCAUCCCCGUCGAAAAAAAGCCCAGCUCGCUGCAGCUGCAACCUCAUCCCCACCUCUGGCACUGAGCACAGAAACCUCAUCCCAAGCUCAUAAUCGAUCCACUUGCACCAAAUCUGGAUCUUCAGCUCCUCGUCUGCCUUCCUCUCCACCCCACUCUUCUUCUUCUUCCUCGUUAUCAUCAUCACCAGAAGACAAAAAAGGAAGGGCACAGAAUCUCCCCUUUGUGGCUAGGGGCAGGAAAAGAAAAGCACGCCGCCGAUUUCAGACGUCCAAUCCUUCUUCGGGUGAUGGGACCGAGAAGACGGCUCCAAAACCGGGUGACCCCGACUGGCAUCCCAAGAGGACGCCCACCUGUGCCAAUGUUGUUGUUACCGAUGUUGCAACUAACCAUCUUACUGUUACCAUCAAGGAGUUCUGCCAGUCUAGAGCCGCUUCCGGACCCCCAUCACCGUCCCACUCCGAGAACGCCAAAUCUUCCACCACCUAGUCUUCUCCAGUUAUUACCAACAGUAUCCCAUUCACCCCUUGACCUCAACAAGAACUUGCCAUAAGAAUACCCCCCUUCCAAAAAAAACAAAAAACCCAUUGUUGCCAUCAAUGAAAUUGAAACAUAUUUUUUAAAGCUAUCUCUAUAUAUGAACACGCAGAGAGUUCACACUCUGCUCGUCUCAAGCGUAUUCCUUUCGACCAGACGUUUAUCCGAGAGAUUCGGUGUCUUUGCUGACCCUGUUCUUCAGAGAACUCUAGGGCUGCAAGACAAACAAAAUUGCAUACCGUAGUAAAUAUCGCUUCAUAUUGCAAUCACAAUAAGCCUUGCAAUGUAGUAAAAAUUGAUUGGCGAAUACCUGGCACGAUUGCGCCAACUGGAUCGGAUAGAGGGCUUGUCUGCACACCGCAAGCCUUCUGCAGUACAUCAAUUAUUAGUACUGCGAAUCUCCAUAUAAUUUCAGAAUCAAAUCCAUCCUUCUCCACCAUGGAUCCCAACACAGACCACGUAUUCUCGUGCACGCACAAUGCAACCUCGUGCUCUACUUCCUUACCGAAAGAUACGUCCACCAAGACUCUAAACUGCCAGUGUUUUCAAUAAAAUACACCAAGGACUGCAUCUUAAGAUCGCUACUGUAUAUCAUUUCUCUUCCCUGUUUCCUGGAGUCGUAUUUGCCUUCUGGAGUUAACCAUAGUUUGUAUUUGGUGUGAUUUGCUGUUUUUAUGGGCUUUCAACAGACGUUGGACUGGUUUGAGAACUGUGAAGCGGUGACUGCAAAACGUAUAGCCGCGAUUGAUUGGUGAAACCUUUGUGUAAGAACUGAUGAUGCUAUUUGGAAAGGUUUCUCGAUAAUAUUUUUUUGAUAGCACUACAUGUCGCCACUCAAACCGGUCCAGGGGUCCUAGCUUUUGGUGCAAUUUGGGUGCUAGCAUUGACAGGUCAGACCUGGGAUAAAAACAGUUUAACUUUUCAUACGUUUUUCCGAGCUUCCUGCAAAAGGGCUCACGUGAAUGUGAACGGUGGUUUUUGUGGGUUUUGGGCUUUCACCUGCGCCACCGCUCGUAUCCAGCUUCGAGUGCAGUCCAAGUGAAAUUCGGAGCAAAACCAGAUUUCGGACUGAUUCCACGAAAGCCAUCGCGAAGUAUUUUAUGUCUGCUUUGUGAAAAGAGAAAUGAAGUUUAUGGUGAAUAGGAUCGUGUCGGCGUCACGGAGUUCAAAUGGCAGCUAACUUGGCUAACUGUGGUGAAGAAUAAUGCAACUUGAGAAGGCUUAUUUAUUUAUAGGACUCAUUUUGAUGAAGCAUAGCCACCGAAUCGCUCUAAUAAUCCUGCGCAAAUCUUAAUUAAUGUGCCUUUGAGAACUUUUAGGAGAGGAGAAUAUUGGGGAAAUGUGUUUUGGUUGGGGCUUUAGAUAUGGCUUCACAUGUGUGUUUGUUUUUUUGUCUUAGUCUAAACUUCUAGUUUAUUUCUUUCUGAGGCAACAUGUAUUUUAUCAUAUAUUAGUAGCAGCCCAUUGGACAGUACAGGGCAUUUUUACCUGUAGGCUGUAGUCUUCUGUACUUGACCAGUAAGCUGUAAGACUUAUUGGCAAGCUGUAUUUCCUCAUUUGUAAGUCGCUUUGGAUAAAAGCGCCUGCUAAAUGAAUAAAUGUAAACGUAAGACUGCGAUUUUUUUAGAAAUUUAAAUAAAAUAAAAACACCUUUUUUGGUGAAAAGUGAAAUGAUUUAAAGUAACUUUCAUCACUGGUAGCUGAUUCGCAGCUAGCCAGCUUUAGUUGUUAAUGUUAACGGGUCGUCACGUUCAAAUUUGUCACAUUUGUCUGGAAGCGUAUGAGACGCACCUCCUGAGCAACUGUCUGAGGAGCACUUACUGUAUACCUGUAGUUUUCGAUACUCUACACUACAUAUGCGUAACCCGACUCCCUGCGCUAGUUAAGCGAUCUAGGCUAGCUAGCCAACUUGGUAGUGUUGAUUUGAAUAUAAAUUCCAAGUCAGUUCAUUUUAAUUUGACCUUAGCAAGCUAAUAAUUAUUAUUAUUAUUUUUUUAAAUGGCAGACGUCCUCGCUGAUAAAAAAUGACCGUUGCUACAUGUAGCUUGCAAGGCUGCCUCGAGCAGCAGAUCGUGUAUCGUUAUGUUUGUGAUAUUUUGUUCCGUUUGUUUCUAAUAAACAUAUUUUAAAGCUCCAAAAAAGUGAAGUUUAUCCCAGGUCUGGGAGAGAUUUAACUCCUCGACCCACUCCUCCCUCCGGUGCUGCGCCCCCACAGGGCACCUCUUAUGGUGCAUCGGUAUUAUUAUAUAACAGUAUAUGAAGCAUGUGUCGCCUUUGGCCGUUGCGCUUUUUUUUUUCUUUUCUUUUCUUUUAGGAAGUGCUCCAAAGUACCAAAAGUCGAGUCUUUGUUUACCCGUGUGUACUGUGUGCUAGAGAAUAGCCGUAGGAACUGCUGAGGCGGUUCAUCAUUACUCGAAGUUAACCAGUGGCCUAUGUUUUAUAUUUAAUAGGGCUCGGAAAAAAAAAAAAAGGUUUUUGGACAACAGCAACACCUAAUAAGACCUGGCAUCUUCCGAGAGGUGUAAAUGGUCCGGAGGGCUUAUUUUUUUUAUUUUAUUUUUUUGUUUAAAAUUUCUGUACUGUAGGAGUGACGUAUCGAGUGCCGCAUUUCUUUUAUAGCCAUCCUUGUUCUAUUUGAGUAGUUCAGGUUUUUGGGUUUGAGCGAACGAUAAACCCAAACCCCCAAGCUAAGUGUGAUCUACGAAAUGUGUCUUUUAUUGUUUUAUGUACUGAUAUAAGUUGAUGACUAUAUUAAUGAUGAUGAUGAUGAUAACAUUGUAAUGUAUCUGAUGCAUGUACUGCAAAAAGCCUAAUUGUACAGGUCAUUUAAAUGUCAAUUAUUGGUGUUGCUUUGUGUGUUUCUCUUGUAAGAUGCUUUUAAUAAAAGUCACCCCAAAGACA